CGUAGCCGGCCUCGCGCGGCCCCAGACGCGGCGAGAGGCCGCCGUCGGCGGGACUUCCGUGUUGGCGGGCUUCUGAACGCUGCCAUGGCUCAGACCGUGCAGAACGUUACAUUGUCGCUCACGCUGCCCAUCACGUGCCACAUUUGCUUGGGGAAGGUACGCCAGCCUGUUAUAUGCAUCAACAACCAUGUGUUUUGUUCAAUUUGUAUCGAUUUGUGGUUGAAGAAUAAUAGCCAGUGUCCAGCUUGCAGAGUUCCCAUCACACCUGAAAAUCCUUGCAAAGAGAUUAUUGGAGGAACAAGUGAAAGUGAACCUAUGCUAAGCCAUACAGUCAGGAAGCACCUUCGGAAAACUAGACUUGAGUUACUCCACAAAGAGUAUGAGGAUGAAAUAGAUUGUCUGCAGAAAGAAGUAGAAGAUCUUAAGAGUAAAAAUCUCAGCUUGGAGUCACAAAUCAAAACUAUUCUGGAUCCUUUAGCUGUGAUGCAAGGCAACCAAAAUGAAGAUAAACAUCCAGUUGCAGAUAAUCCAAGUAAAAUUGGCCCAGAAACUGAGGCAGAGUGGAAGAAAAAACUUAGAACAGCUAAUGAAAUCUAUGAAAAAGUAAAAGAUGAUGUGGAUAAGUUAAAGGAAGCAAAUAAAAAAUUGAAAUUGGAAAAUGGUGGCCUGGUGAGAGAGAAUUUACGACUGAAGGCUGAAGUUGAUAACAGAUCACCCCAGAAGUUUGGAAGGUUUACAGUAGCUGCUCUUCAGUCCAAAGUAGAACAGCAUGAACGUGAAACCAAUCGCCUCAAGAAAGCCCUGGAACGAAGUGAUAAAUAUAUAGAGGAACUAGAAUCUCAAAUUGCACAGCUAAAAAAUUCAAGUGAAGAGAAGGAAGCUAUGAAUUCCAUUUGCCAGAGAGCACUUUCUACUGAUGGCAAGGGGAGCAUAGGUAACGAGGAGGAUAUGGCCUCAAAGAGUCAAGGUGAUGGUGCCAGAAAGCAGGUUGGCUCAUCCACCUCAAGUUCUCACCUGGCAAAACCUUCUAGCAGUUCUGCGAGGCAGGAAUGCACCAGCAAAACAGAACCAAAUUGUUCGAAGAACAAAGACCUAUAUCAGAAACAGGUGGAAAUAAUGUUAGAUGUCACAGAUACAAGUAUGGAUACUUACUUGGAAAGAGAAUGGGGUAAUAAACCAAGUGAUUGUAUACCCUACAAAGAUGAAGAACUUUAUGAUCUUCCAGCUCCUUGUACUCCUUUGUCCCUUAGUUGCCUUCAGCUCAGUACUCCAGAAAACAGAGAGAGCUCUGUGGUCAAAGCAGUAGGUUCCAAAAAGCACUCAAAUCAUCUCAGAAAAUUGGUGUUUGAUGAUUUUUGUGAUUCUCCGAAUGUUUGUAAUAAAGAUUCAUCAGAAGAUGAUAGAAGUGAAAAUGAAAAGAAAUCAGAAUGUUUUACUUCCUCAAAGACAGGGUUUUGGGACUGUUGUUCCACAAGCUAUGCCCAAAACUUGGAUUUUGAAAGCUCAGAGGGGAACACGAUAGCAAAUUCUGUUGGAGAAAUUUCUUUAAAAUUAAGUGAAAAAUCAGGCUCAUGCUUAUCCAAAAGGUUGAAUUCUAUUCGCUCUUUUGAAAUGAAUCGGACAAGAACAUCCAGUGAGGCAUCAAUGGACGCAGCUUACCUUGACAAAAUCUCUGAACUGGAUUCAAUGAUGUCGGAAUCUGACAACAGCAAGAGCCCUUGUAAUAAUGGUUUUAAGUCCGUGGAUCUGGAUGGAUUAUCCAAGUCAUCUCAAGGCAGUGAAUUUCUUGAGGAACCAGAUAAGUUGGAGGAAAGAACUAAGCCAAACCUUUCCAAAGGUUCUCUAACUACUGAUCAGUUAGAAAAUGGGAAUGAAUGGAAACCCACUUCUUUUUUUCUCCUCUCUCCAUCUGACCAAGAAAUGAAUGAAGAUUUUUCUCUUCAUACUAGUUCUAACCCAGGAACUAAUGAAAUCAAACCCCCGAGCUGUUUGUUUCAGACUGAGUUUUCCCAGGGUGUUUUGUUAAGCAGUUCACACCGGCUAUUUGAAGAUCAGCGGUUUGGGUCAUCUUUGUUUAAGAUGACUUCAGAGAUGCAUGGUCUUCAUAACCACCUUCAGUCUCCAUGGUCUGCCUCCUUUGUGCCUGAGAAGAGGAAUAAAAAUAUGAAUCAAUCAGCGAAAAGAAAAAUCCAGAGCAGUCUUUCCAAUGCUAGCCCAUCAAAAGCAACUAAAAGUUGACUCAUUAGAAAGGUGUCAUUUAUGUUUUUGUCCUGAGAGGAAUAUAAGUUUUUAAAGUUACUUUUUUCCCCUCGUAAAAGUUCUGUAUGAUUUUGAAUUGAUAAUCUGUAGUCAAGUGUCAAGUCAGAAUGGUGGUUUAGCCUGUAGCCCAAAUACUUCUGUUCAUUUUAAAGAAUUUGUCCUUUUUCAGUUUCAUUUGGGCAUCUUUUUAACUAGAAAAGAUAGUUUCAUGAAUAUUAUAUGUAUCUGGUUUGGGUGUAUUUUGUUUUCUUGAAUCUUAAUUUAGCUGUUAGAUACAGUGGCCUAUUAAUGAGCCUUGGUUGUCCUCAGAACUUGGAUUUCUUAAAUAAGACUUUUUGUGUUGUCUACACACUGCUCAUAAGACACUUGAGUUCUUUAAAGCUUUCCUAGGGUAAAAAUAAUUUUGCUUGCCCUUUUUUAUUUAUGUUUAGUGGUGGCCCAACUUUUAGGCAGGGCCAUGGUGGAGAAAUAGCACUCUAACCUUAGUCCAAUACUCAUUUACUUUUUUUUUUAAAGACUUUUUUGUACGUAUGUUUGCAUUUUUAACAUUGUGUUUUGUACAAUUUUUGUGAAAACCUUUUGCUAAAAUGAAAGAAUACAUUUUCUAUAUGAAAAUAUUUGUUUUAUGUCAGGUAGCUUUCGUUUCCUCAUCUUUUUGUAUGUGUGUUGAAAAUCAGAAAUUGAGCCUUCUACUCUUACUUUGGAAAGAAGGCGUAGAACGGUUGGUUGGGUUUGGAGGAGCCUAAACGUGGGAACUUCAUUAUUCCAGAUACACAGGUGCAGAAGUGCUCUUUGCCAAAUUCUUGAUCCACUUUCAUCCCAGGGGAGGUUUUUUUUUUGGAGUGAAGUUCUUGUUUGCAUGUUACUGUUCUUUGUGGAAACUCUGUAUGCAUGGUAGUGUUCUUGCUUGCACUGUUUUCCUUACUUAAGAAAAAGAAGUUUUAGUUGGCUAAUAGCAUAUCUUUUAUGUAGGACAGAAUUUUUUUUCAUGAAGAGUGUUGAGAAUAGGUGAGCUAAGCACAAUUUUUAAUUUAGGCUCUGAAAAAGUAUAUUCUAAACAUGUUUGGUAUGCCAAUAUAGGCCUUUAAAAAUGGUUUGUAUGCUAAUGACUUGUUUAUCUAAUGUGCACUGAACAUUUUACAUUAAUACUGUACUGUUUUACAUUAAUACUGCAUGCUUUUUUCUAUGUGAAUUGAAUAAAGGAUGUCAUAAGCACUGUAAUCCUUGAUGUUGUCUCAGAUAUUGAAUUAGCCUUUAAAGACCAUUAAAACUUACCAUUUCUAAUUGA